UCAAGCACUGUGAGCAGCGUGAUCUUGGCGGUGCAUAGUUACAACCGCCUCUGCGGACCCUGCUUGCCCCAGGUCAUCAUCUCUGUCUUAAAUAAAAGAUACUCUCUUCAACUAUUCCCUCGACGACGCCACUAGGAAUACCCUCGUUUGCAGUCAUCCGGAAUGGCCACCACAGCGCCCGCUCGAGCGGCACCUCCAGCAUCGCGACGCUCACCUUCGGUAUCGUCGACCGGUACCCCUUCAUCUAUCGCCAGAGGAGCCACUGCGCGCUCUGCAGUAUCUCCACGUGUAGCAGCUUCUUUGAAUCCCCCAGCCCGCAGAGCAUCCUUGAAAGGUGCUACACCACCUACUGUUGCCAAUGGAGAAACCCGUGAAUCAUUAUCAGCUUCCCUGAAACAGGAAACAGACAAGAAGGAGCAGCUUCUGGUGCAAUUGCAGGACAAGGACCAGACAAUUGCUAGCCUUAAAUCCGAGAAUGAUUCCCUCACCUCAUCUCUCAAUGCCGCAGAAUCACGACUUGCAGAACUUUAUGCGGACCAGAAUCGCAUGGAGGAAGAGAUGGCCGCACGUAUUGAGGUAGCCGAGAAGCUCCGCAAUCAAGUCCGGGAACUUGAGAAGGAGAAGCGCGACCUUCAGCGCAGGUAUAACGAACAAACAUCAACAUUCGAAGCUGAACGACAGGCGUUCUACGAUAAUGAGCAACAUCUCAAGUCACGGAUUCAAUCCCUCACUCAGGCUCGGAAACAGCCCGCCCCCAUUCCCUCUUCACCUUCUCGGAUUUCCAUAGCUGACUCCCAAGCCGAAUCUCAUACCGAUUUUGAGGAGGAGACGCCACCGGAAUCCUUACAAGGAACGAAACAGGACAUGACCGAUCCCGAGCAAGAACCUGCCGAGAUGACAGCUCUCAAGCUCGAGUUGUCCACUCUGUCUACAUCACACAACUCCCUCCAGGCAACUUUGGUGCUGCUCCAGUCUCAGUUGGUCGACCUGAAGCGCGUCAAUAACGAAUUACAGGAAGAGAACGAGUCCUACAAUAUUCUUCUGCGGGAGAGGACCCUCAAUGGCCAAUUCGAUGUACUCAAAAUGGGCGGUACCAGCAUCAGCGAGGUCAGCGAGCCUUCGACAGAAGACGACGAAGGAGAUAAUGAGGGCCGAGACUCGGCGAGCCUCAAGAGUAGAAAUACUUCAAGGAGUAGUCGCCUGGACCCUGUCGAUGAACUCGCGGAAGAACAUGAGCCAGAGCUCGACCCAAGUUUCAAGGAGGAGCAACAGACUACGGAGGAACCCCAAGAGCUUGAGGAGGACUCACAAGCUCGCAACCCUCGCAGUCGGCAUACCCGCAAGCGAUCUUCUGUAUCCGUACCGCACGGAGAGUCAUUGGCGAAUUUGCCCAUUACCGGUCCAGGUCUCGACUUGGCUGCGGAACUUGGUCGUGCCGAGAAUAAGGACGUCUUGGACGGUCACUCUGCUUUGGAGACUGAUCGGCCUAUCGUCAACCCCAAGGGUAAGAAAGGCAAGAAAGGAACGACUUCAGAAUCCACUCGCAAAGUCUCAUCAAUGUCAGAGCCCGCUAUGCAAACGACUUCGUCACACGAUCUCGACGCUCUUCGAAGCGAAGUCAAGAGUCUCAAAGAUGCAAACAAGGCUUUGUCAUUGUAUGCAUCCAAGAUCAUCGAUCGAAUCAUAUCACAAGAAGGAUUCGAACAUGUUCUUGCUGUGGACUACGAGAAGAGCCCUAGCCCGAGCACGCCUGGGACAGCACAAUUUACAACAUUCAGCUCAUUACCGAAGUCAUCACCUCCUUCCACCAAGCCCGCGAAGAAGGCACGACCACAAUCGGUCUUCGCUUCGUUCACGACGUUGUCAUCUCCAGGCCCGGUUACGCCGACAAAUCCCCAACCAGAGCGGCUCACCACUUUCGAUUCACCCUCUCCCGCUACCUCAUCCUCUCAGAGCGCAAGUCCGCCAACAGCAUCUGCUAGUACUCGAGCUUCUCGACGGUCAAUGUCUUUCGACUGGAAGAGCUUCGCAAUAUUCAGCGGAGAAAAGAAACCCGAUCCUUCCGCAAACUUGCGUCCUCUUACGCUAAAAGCUGGUGCACCUCCUAUCGUCACAGGGGCCCGAAAGCUCGACAAUUAUGAGGAUGAAGAGGACAGGAGAGAACGAGAACGAUUGAAUGCGACUAUGAAACUCAUGGGGAUCGAGAAACCUCCGGGUUCACCCCUAGCUCCCUCUUCCCCGGCCAUGUGGAAGAGUUCCUCAACUCCUGCGCCACAGACAGCUAAGCCGAAUGAUCUCCCGCCAGUGUCGACAACCACCAGCACACCCGUCACUGUGACAGCGUCCACCCCUUCCUCCCGUUUCUCAUUCUUCCGACGAACAAAUUCCUCUUCUGCCAACUCAGAAUCAUCGUCUCUCAAUAAUAGCCCCAGACCUCCUGCCAGCGGCUUUAACACUCCGAACUUGACCCAGGAGGCCCUCGAGCAGGCCGAAGCUGAGAGCACCCUUGCAGCAUUGGAUGCUCACGAGAGGCAGCUUAGCGCAGAAAUUGCCAAGGGUGCUAGUGGAGGCUUCACUGAAAUCACGCGCCGCACUGGCGACCGUCGCAGCAGUAGGCGAAGUGGUAGCGGGAGCACUGUCUGGAGCGCAGGUUUGAGCAGAGGAGAGGACGAUGAUUGAACCCUAUACCUACAUAGAUAAUACCAAACUGUUCGAUAUCAGGAAUGUUUCACACAUCUGUUGCAUUGUUAUGACUCUUUUAUACUGUCCAGUGAAUACCCUCCAUCGGAUUCUUAUGAUUACUAUGACUUUCUAUGUUCAUAUACUUUUCUACAUUAUAAUACUGAUACAGUGGUCCAAUCCUAGUAGAAACAGGGAGCCACAUGUCAUGUAUACCCAGUACAACAGGUUUUUCUCUCUUGCCUCACACAUUUACAUUGAGCUUCUGGAUGCUCUCUUGAGGUUAUGUCCUGGCGCAGAGGGAGAGCAUAUGCGUGACUAUACAGUGCAAUU